AUGGACGCUGGGUACAUUCUGAUCGACGAGAGCAGCUCUGUCGAGGAGCUGAUCAAGAUGAUCGCGCAACGUGGUUCGCUCGGGGGACCGGUGAACGUGUUGAACUUGGACGACGUCGUACAGAAGCAUCGCAACUGGCGCGAAAAGCUACCCUCCGUGGUCCCGUUUUAUGCGGUCAAGUGCAACAACCAUCCCGCCAUAUUACAGCUGCUGGUGGCGCUUGGCUGUGGGUUCGACUGCGCUUCUCGGCGCGAAAUGGAAACGAUCCUGGGCUUGGGAGUGGGACCUGAGAGAAUCAUCUAUGCCAAUCCGGCGAAAUCGAUCGACUCGAUCCGGUACGCGAAGAGGAUGGGCGUGAAGCGGAUGACGUUCGACAGUGCCGACGAGCUGGAGAAGAUUGCCCAACACUUUCCGGAGGCCGAGCUGGUGCUAAGAAUACGGUACGAUGCACGGGAAGCGCAGCUGCCGCUCGGCCGUAAGUUUGGCUGUGAUCCGGACUGGGAGGCGAAACCGUUGUUGGAGUGCGCAAAGCGUCUGCAUCUGACGGUGAUCGGUGUCAGCUUUCACGUGGGCUGCGGUAGUAGAGAUGCAGAGUGUUACUACUGGGCGAUAAGGAAAGCGAUCGAGAUCUUUGAUCAAGCCAGCGAUCUGCUCGGAAUGCAGAUGUACCUGCUGGAUAUUGGUGGCGGAUAUCCGGGCGGGAACGAUAGUACUUUCGACGAUCACGUACACUUCAUCAACAAAGCGCUGAACGAGCAGAUUGUGCAGCAAAACCGAAAUAUCGAAGUUAUUGCCGAGCCCGGCAGAUACUGCGUGGAGUCAGCCGUUACGGCCCUCGUUAAUGUGCUGUCGAAGACUUACGAUUGCAACGAGUCUGGAGAAAUCGUUCGCAUACGGUACUACGUCGACGAUGGGCUGUACGAUUCUUUCGAUUGGUGCGACGAAGUGGCUAUCCCUGAUAUGCAGCAGGGCGACAAGCGCACCGAAACGGGAUGCCUUCGGUCGGUAAUCUAUGGUCGUACCAUGUGCGACAACGAUAUCGUUGCCAAGGAAAUUUUCCUGCCCGAGCAUAGUGUGGGUGAUUGCCUGGUUUUUCCCAACAGGGGGGCGUACGGUAUGGCACUGGGCCGCGGGUACAAUGGGUUUAGCUCGCCGCUGGUAAAGAUUUGUCUCACGAGGGCAACCCUCGAUCAUCUGUGUUUGUUCAAGGCUAAAACCGCCGCACGGUGA